AUGAGCCCGGAAGUGAUGAAGCUGCUGUUUUUUGGGGGUAAAAUACGGCUAAUCUGGGUGGCUUGCCCUCGACCCGAACCUGUUUUGCCGUGGCUUCAAGGAAUUGCGGCCGAGACCACCAUAUUCGACACGGAAAACCUGACAUGGCUACAAGCUCUAAAACCGGACGCGCAAAAAUACGAGAAGCUGGAGUUUCGAGACGUUCCGAAGAGCGCUGAAAUUCGUGAAUAUUGCCGAGACAACGUGACCCGUCUUUUCAUCAACGGUCCCGCAAAAUUCAAGGAUCUCUUGUUGCUGACGAAUCGGGAUAUGUACUUACAGAUCCGGGAAUGUAGCAAGAAAGAUACGAUGGCUUUCAUGAGGCAGUUGGUUGAUGAGUGGCGACAAGGGCUUCGCGAGAUUUGGCGGAUUCACGUUUGGACUGACGAUUCGGAUCGUUUGUUCGACAGGGAACGGUUGAAGCGUGGAGAUGGAGACGGAGACACCCUGGUGAUGCACGAUGGGGCUAGCCUCGUUAGUUUGUACGACGGGAGGGUGGCCGGUGUCGACCGC